GCAGGUGAGGGUUCCUGCAAUUUCUUUCCCUCGUGGUCUCUGAAUCUCAGAUCGUCGCAGUAAAACUUUGCUUUCGUUCGUAAACGAAUCCACCAUUGUUAUUAUUUCUGUGAUUCAAAUAACUGGAAACAAUGGGGAGCUUGGGCACGAUGCUGAGAUAUCCGGAUGAUAUAUAUCCGCUCCUGAAGAUGAAACGGGCGAUUGAGAAAGCUGAGAAGCAGAUCCCGCCGGAGCCACACUGGGGUUUUUGCUAUUCGAUGCUACACAAGGUUUCUCGAAGCUUUUCUCUCGUUAUUCAGCAACUCAACACUGAGCUUCGUAACGCCGUGUGUGUGUUCUACUUGGUUCUUCGAGCUCUUGAUACUGUUGAGGAUGAUACAAGCAUACCAACUGAUGAGAAGGAGUACAAGGUUCUAAUGGACCAAUUUCACCAUGUUUCUGCAGCCUUUUUGGAACUUGAAAAAGGGUAUCAAGAGGCUAUCGAGGAAAUUACUAGAAGAAUGGGUGCAGGGAUGGCCAAGUUUAUCUGCCAGGAGGUAGAAACUGUUGAUGACUACGACGAAUACUGCCACUAUGUUGCUGGGCUUGUGGGUUUAGGUCUGUCAAAACUCUUCCUCGCUGCGGGAACAGAGGUUUUGACUCCAGAUUGGGAGGCGAUUUCCAAUUCAAUGGGUUUAUUUCUACAGAAAACAAACAUUAUCAGAGAUUAUCUUGAGGACAUUAAUGAGAUACCAAAAUCCCGCAUGUUUUGGCCUCGCGAGAUUUGGGGCAAAUAUGCUGACAAGCUUGAGGAUUUAAAAUACGAGGAGAACUCAACCAAAUCCGUACAGUGCUUGAAUGAAAUGGUUACCAAUGCGUUGAUGCAUAUUGAAGAUUGCCUGAAAUACAUGGCUGCGUUGCGUGAUCCUUCCAUAUUUCGGUUCUGUGCCAUCCCUCAGAUCAUGGCGAUUGGAACACUUGCAUUAUGCUAUAACAAUGUACAAGUAUUCAGAGGCGUUGUGAAACUGAGGCGAGGUCUAACUGCUAAAGUCAUUGAUCGCACAAAGACAAUGGCUGAUGUCUAUGGUGCGUUCUAUGAUUUCUCUUGCAUGCUGAAGACAAAGGUUGACAAGAACGAUCCAAAUGCUAGUAAGACACUAAACAGACUCGAAGCAGUUCAGAAACUCUGCAGAGACACUGGAGUCCUCCAUAACAGAAAAUCAUAUGUUAAUGACAAAGGACAACCAAACAAUGUCUUUAUCAUAAUGGUUGUGAUUCUACUGGCGAUAGUCUUUGCAUAUCUCAGAGCAAACUGAGUCUGAUUGUAUCACCAUCAUUCAAGAUGUUGAGAGCAAAUUUGAGUGAUGAAGUAAUCUAGGUUCAUUCUUAUUCAUGCAACCGAAUCCUAAGCAAGAUUGUUACCAGAACAAACAGAGUUUAAACAUGGUUUGGUCUAAAACCAUGGAUUCUAUUUUAGUUACUAUCUUCUUUGUCUAAUCGUGCAUUUGUUCCUCUAUUUUUAUCCCUUGUGUUUAAAGUUCCUUCUUUUUUAGUUGCUUUUCUUCUUUUGUUCUUUUUGGCAUGUUAUAAAAUCUUUAAUCCUCU